AUGUCAGAACAAAGUAUCCUGUCAGAGAAGAAGCAACUAGCUCUGGAGCUUGAAAGACAACAACUUCAAAACAAUGACCUCGAGAGUCAAUCACCAACAUCACCACCUCCAGCACGACCAGUAUUUGUACUCCUAUGGUUGCUGUUCGUCCUGGGCACAGUCGCUACAAUAAUCUCUUCGAAUUGGAGCAAACCACAACACUUGAUCAAGUCUCAGCACAUCCUACACAAGCCGGCAGCAACCGUUAUCGCCAGCACAUCAUUGCCGACCUCCGCACCCACAAGUACAUGCGACAACCUCACUCUCCGCCGUGAAUGGCGAAAUAUGAAGCCCGUCGAACAACAACGCUACAGAAGUGCAGUUCGCUGCCUCCUCGACACUCCCUCCAAGAAUGGCAACUCGGGCAGCAGACUCGGUGACUUUCUCUCUGCAUACAGCAUCUCCGGUUGGCACGCGACACAAACAGUUGACUACCUCCCUUGGAAUCGUUUCUUCAUGCACACACUCGAGUCUGCUCUACGCAAUGAAUGUGCAUACCUUGGAGAUAUGCCUUACCUGGACUGGACCGUUGCUGCUGCCUACACCGAGACACUAGGCGAGGUUUCAGCCGUGGACUCAUCAUCACAAGCCGCUUUCCACGAUGCAGCUGCAAAAUCACAUCUCGAUGCUUCAAUUCUCAACGAGAUCAUGGCUGCCGACACUUACGACGACUUUGCACACGUCCUCGAAUCUCGUAUCACUUCCUUGGCACCAUUUGACCUUUCCAGCUCCGAGCUGCCUCAAGAUCCCCUUUUCUUGCAUCAGAUGCAGGUUGACCGUCUGUGGUGGCUUUGGCAACAACAACAUCCCAAAGCUGAAAUGCAGGUUGAGGAUGAGCGCGUGAGGAUCAGAGGUUUCGACAACUCUGUUGCUGUCAAGAGUGUUGCAUCCACAGAAGGUUAUGACCUUUGCUAUAGAUAUGUUUGA